AGAGAGAGAGAGGGAGUAGGUUCUGAGUAUUUCCUGGGAGAUUCAGAUCUAACCAAAGCGGUUUCCUUCUACAUUUUUCCACUAUUUCUACUUUCAUGUGUCGAGGUUGUUGUCUCUGUUUCCAUUUUCAUUUAAAAUCUGAUACAGAAAUGUGAUUUUUCAUUAAUGAAGCUUGAAGAGCGUUCUGGAUCAUCUACGAUCUAGGGUUUCCUUCUCUGCUCUCAGUUCCUUGCAGUUACGAAGUGGGGGAGAUUUUCUAUUGGGGACAUUUGAGAUGCCGUAGCCAACUUGAAGUUUAAAGGUUUCUGGUUUUGUUACAUUUUAAGGGCUUUCCUAAGUUGGGAUCUGGAAGUUGUUGGUAGAAGCUUUCUGUAAUGUAUCGUGAGAAGUUUAUUUGAAUGUUUUGGUUCUUUCAGAUCUGAAAUUUCACGAAGGUGGUCACUGUAGAAGCCUUGUUUCCUGAAGCUCUUGAGAUUCUGUCUCUCCUUUCUGAGUCUUCGAGUCCGUUUGUAUCUGCGGUGAAGUGGUUCAAGUUACGAACUUGCUGAUCUUGCGUCCUUUCCGAGGUUCUUAUGGGCUCUCAAGUUCUCAAAGUUUUCAGUACAGUGUCUCGUCAUCUUUCUCUGUCCUCUGGACUCUUUAUGUUUCCGUUCUCUUAUCUGAGAUUCGAUGUUUUGAGAACGUUUUGCUUUGAAAAGUUUUGAAUUUUUGGGGUUAUCGACAAGCCAGAAAUCAAGGGAAACGGUUUCCGAGUCCGUAGGAAUUCUCCUUACUCCAUUACUCCCCCAGAAGAGAAGGGGAAAAAAGGAACCGAAGAGAGUCUGUUUUCUAAUAUUUGAUUCAUAACGGCUCUUUCAAUCGGUGUUCCGAAUUUCUAGGGUUUGGGAAGUUUUCAAAUUGAACCUUCAUUACUUCAUUUAAGUUCUUCCGUUUCUGCAUUUCCUUCGAUUUCAUCCAUCGCUGCUCUCUCAACAUAAAAAAAUGCAGCGGCCUCCUCCUGAAGACUAUUCCCUGAAGGAGACCUCACCACACCUUGGUGGUGGAGGGGUUACUGGAGACAAGCUUACAAGCACCUAUGACCUCGUUGAGCAAAUGCAGUACCUUUAUGUUCGGGUUGUCAAAGCCAAGGACCUACCGUCAAAAGAUGUCACUGGAAGCCUUGAUCCGUAUGUUGAAGUGAAACUUGGAAACUAUAAGGGCACCACUCGCCAUUUCGAAAAGAAAACAAAUCCUGAAUGGAACCAGGUCUUUGCUUUCUCAAAGGAUCGAGUUCAGGCUUCUGUCUUGGAGGUUAUAGUGAAGGACAAGGAUAUGGUGAAGGAUGAUUUCGUUGGCCGAGUCAUGUUCGAUGUCAAUGAAAUCCCCAAACGUGUUCCUCCGGACAGCCCUUUAGCACCACAAUGGUACCGACUGGAAGAUCGAAAGGGAGAUAAGGUUAAAGGGGAGCUAAUGUUGGCUGUUUGGAUGGGCACCCAAGCCGACGAAGCAUUUCCUGAAGCGUGGCAUUCUGAUGCGGCCACAGUCAAUAGUGAAAGCCUUGCUAACAUCCGAUCAAAGGUAUACCUAUCUCCCAAGCUUUGGUAUGUUAGGGUAAAUGUGAUUGAAGCUCAGGACUUGAUACCUAGUGAAAAGGGUAGGUACCCUGAGAUCUAUGUGAAAGCUAUCCUGGGUAAUCAGGCUUUGCGGACUAGGAUUUCUCAGAGCAAGAAUAUUAAUCCGAUGUGGAAUGAGGAUUUAAUGUUUGUAGCAGCAGAACCUUUUGAGGAGCACUUGGUUUUGAGUGUGGAAGAUAGAGUUGGACCUAACAAGGAUGAAGUUUUGGGGAAGUGCGUGAUUCAUUUGCAGAAUGUGGAGAGAAGAUUGGAUUAUAAGCCUGUGAACACUAGGUGGUUUAGUCUUGAGAAGCAUGUGGUGGUUGUAGAUGGGGAACAAAAGAAGAAGGAGAUAAAAUUUGCCAGUAGGAUUCAUCUCAGGAUCUGUUUGGAGGGUGGAUAUCAUGUUCUGGAUGAAUCAACACACUACAGCAGUGAUCUUAGGCCGACUGCAAAGCAAUUGUGGAAGCAUAGCAUUGGAGUUUUGGAAUUGGGGAUUUUGAAUGCUCAGGGAUUGAUGCCCAUGAAGACUAAGGACGGAAGGGGUACAACAGAUGCCUAUUGCGUGGCCAAAUACGGGCAGAAGUGGGUGCGAACGAGAACCAUCAUAGAUAGCUUUACACCCAAGUGGAAUGAGCAAUACACAUGGGAAGUAUUUGAUCCUUGCACUGUCAUUACAAUUGGUGUGUUCGACAACUGUCACUUGCAUGGAGGAGGAGAUAAGGCUGGAGGAGCAAAGGAUUCACGAAUUGGAAAGGUAAGGAUCCGUCUUUCUACACUUGAAACUGAUCGGGUUUACACACACUCCCAUCCUCUUCUGGUUUUACAUCCCUCGGGUGUAAAGAAGAUGGGUGAAAUUCAGUUGGCUGUGAGGUUUACAUGCUCGUCUUUGCUUAAUAUGAUGCAUAUAUACUCACAACCUCUGUUGCCAAAGAUGCAUUACCUUCAUCCAUUGUCUGUUACUCAGCUUGAUAGCUUGAGACACCAAGCUACUCAGAUUGUCUCUAUGAGGCUGAGCCGUGCAGAGCCACCGUUGAGGAAAGAGAUUGUGGAAUAUAUGUUGGAUGUUGACUCACAUAUGUGGAGUAUGAGGAGGAGCAAAGCUAAUUUUUUCAGAAUUAUGGGGGUUCUGAGUGGGUUGAUUGCUGUUGGAAGAUGGUUUGAUCAGAUAUGCAAUUGGAAAAACCCUCUUACAACAAUUUUGAUUCACAUCCUGUUUGUGAUAUUGGUCCUGUAUCCAGAGUUGAUACUACCCACAGUAUUUCUCUACCUUUUCUUGAUUGGGGUUUGGUACUAUCGGUGGAGGCCAAGACACCCGCCUCACAUGGAUACCCGUCUGUCGCACGCUGAUAAUGCACAUCCUGAUGAAUUGGAUGAAGAGUUUGAUACAUUCCCUAGUUCACGCCCUGCAGAUAUUGUGAGGAUGAGGUAUGACCGUUUGAGAAGUGUGGCUGGGAGGAUACAGACGGUGGUUGGUGAUUUGGCAACUCAAGGGGAAAGGUUGCAGUCUCUGCUCAGCUGGAGGGAUCCGAGAGCUACAGCUUUGUUCGUGCUUUUCUGUUUGAUUGCUGCCAUAGUGUUGUAUGUAACACCAUUUCGGGUUGUAUCCCUUAUCACAGGCUUUUAUGUGUUGAGGCAUCCAAGGUUCCGCCAUAGGCUUCCUUCAGUGCCCCUGAACUUUUUCAGGAGGUUGCCUGCGAGAACAGACAGCAUGUUAUGAGCUUGGAUUAUGGUGCCUGAAGCGGCCAGCUACUUGGUCUUCAAUCUCCUCCCUUCUUGUGUUAUCCUCUUGCACAGUUGCAGUGAUGGAACUCAUUUUAGAUUUAUUUUCAAUUGGUGGCAAAUUUUGGGGUCCUGCUAUGGUGUAUGUUUUCAUCCCUAUUAUUGCACCAAUAGGAAUCAGGAAAUAUGCACUUUAUUUAUUUCCUUUCAAAGCUUUCUGUUUCAACUAGUCUUCUGUUUGUUGAUCAAUGCAUGUUGAUUUCUUGUUUUCUA